AUGUCGGGCCUCAAGGGGAAUGCAAAGCAGAGAACGAUAUUUAAUGCAAAACAGAUUACAAUAAAGGCGCAGAAAAAUAUUGCUUGCAGUUUUCCUAAUCAAACUAAAAGGCUUUUCCUUAAUGAAAUCACUAGUCGUCUUGUCGACAAUAUUCACCAGCUGAUUUGGCAUUAUACGCAGUCGAAGGAGCGGGCCGACUACAUCGUAAAGCAGUUUCUAAAGAUAAACAUCAAGCUCUUUAUUGUCGCUGCCAAUGGUUGUCUGAAAAAGCAACAAGAAGAGGAUAUGAACGAAUGCAGGGAAGUUGUGAAAGAAGCCGCCCUCUGUUUCAUACGGCACGUUCGGGGACCAGCAAACCUACAGAAGAUGUCAAACUUGACAAAAAUUCAAGCCGCCAUUAAAACCGCAGGCGCCCUCGCACAAUACGUUUCAGAGGAACAUCUGACUAGAAAAACUGUCGACAAGUUAACUGACGUGGUCUCAUUUUUCACGACUGAGGAAUUCCUAGCAGCCAUCCUUUCUAACCAACCGCCAUACUCUACUUUGGCAACUGAAAUUGCCGAAGAUCUCCAAGACUCUAUCGAUCGGGGAAUUUUGUAA